CUUGCACCAUACACACCACUCUGCACACACACCCCACCUUGCGACUCAACCCACUACUCGCUCUGUACCAUGGCCAAAUCUAUUCGAUCGAAACAAAAGAUGGCGCAGAGGCGAAAGAAGCGAGAAUCAGGCAACUAUCACGCAGCAGACGCAGCGAGAGUCGCGAGGUUGUCGGCAAAAUUAUUAGGCAAGGGUAAAGGGAAGGAGGGUGAGGGUGAGGGAGAGGGCGAGGAGGUCGUAAAGGAUGAAGAAGGAGACGAAGAGAUGGUCGAGGAACAAGAGGGAGAAGAUAAGGCAGGAGACGGCAAGAAAAUCUCGACUUCCGCACCGAGGGGAUCUAGACGAGACAAUUGGCGUUCGAGUAAAGGUGUCAAGGAGAGACGGGGUAAAGUCGCUGCGACGGGUCUGGGAGGAGGCAAGAGGCCGUUCAAGCCAAACAGGAGGCGGUAGGCGGUAAGGCGCCACCUGAUGGAUGGAAUAGGAUCGCUAGAGCUGGAGGAGAACCAUUCUGAUGUUUUCAGUGUGAUA